AGGAGGUCCCAUGUGUCCAGGUGCCUUCAUACUAGUUAACAGGAAGCCUCUCUUCCUCUGACAGCUGCAGCCUCUUGCCAGCCCUCACCAGCCCAUCAUGUAGUGCUCAGCCUGUGUGAUUGCUGCACACCAUGACUGACAACUGGGCCAGCCUGGAUUUAAAGCCCUACAGGCAAACCGGCCACAAGGUGGGGACAAGGCAAAGGGGACCUCCAGACCAGACAGAACCUACUCAUACCUAGAGCCUAGCAGCAGUUCUGCGAGCUAUCUCUGAAUUCCCCAAUCCCUACUCUGUCAUUCUGAGGUGUGUGUGUGUGGAGGGACCAUCUGAGGAAUCCCAGAGUAGGAGGGGAAGGAAGUGGAGAAGGAAUUUCCAGCUAGGAGAAACUCUAAGCUGCUGGCUCUAGGACUAGAGACCCAGCCCCAGACCCCCAGAGUCCUCAGGAGGGAGAGCUGGCUGUGCUGGUCCCUGGAUUUUCUCACCAGCCUGUAAUGAGACUGGUGAGGAAACUGAGACACAAAGGUAAGGUAAUGAGACUCCGGUGAGGAAGGAGUAGAAUCCCAGGCUGAAGGACAGCAAUGGGACUUCUGUGGGGCAGCCCCCAAGGCUGUGCAGGAAGUGUCUCUGAACUGAGCCAUCUCAGUCUGGCUCUGCUCCUCCUGGUGAAACUGUAGUGUCUGGCUCCGGAAAGGAGUUUUUCAGUGUCCUAGUCUAGCCCCAGGAGAGAGAAAAGGGCCCCAAGACUGGCCUAGACCAAUACAGAGUCAGCCCCACCCCAGGGCCCACUUUCUGUUACCCACUGGCCCCUUUUCAGAGUCUAGACUCCCAGGGAGGAACAUGGGCAUUUGUCUAGUUGCUGCAGAGCCUCAGUCUCUGGAAGCAAAGACCCAUGCCCUGUAUGCGUUUUGUAGCUGGUUUCCUCAAAAUCAACCUGUGCUGACUGGAAUGGCAUCCCCUGUGCAAGGGGAGCUGGAAUCUGACCCUGAUGGCGUUGAGCCCUAUCUCUAUGGUAGCAGAGGAUUUAUUACCCGGGCCUCCACCCAGCCUGGUGGACUUUCAACUUGAAGCCAGUAGAAAAGGAAGCAAACUGUUCUAGGAGCAUCCGGUGAGCUACGAUGGCCAAGUUCCUUUCCCAGGACCAAAUUAAUGAGUACAGGGAAUGCUUCUCCCUGUAUGACAAGCAGCAAAGGGGGAAGAUUAAGGCCACGGAUCUCCUGGUGUCCAUGAGGUGCCUGGGGACCAGCCCAACACCGGGGGAAGUGCAGCGUCACCUGCAGACUCAUGGAAUAGACAAAUAUGGAGAGCUGGAUUUUUCCACCUUCCUGAUCAUUAUGCACACACAAAUGAAACAAGAGGACCCAAAGAAAGAAAUCCUUCUGGCCAUGUUGAUGGCAGACAAGGAGAAAAAAGGUUACAUCAUGGCGUCUGAGUUGCGGUCCAAACUCAUGAAACUGGGAGAGAAGCUCACCCACAAGGAAGUUCAGGACGCUCCUUCAUAAACAGAGUGAAAGCACACAUCAGAGUGAACUUUGCAUCAGCUGAGCAGUGGGAAGUGAUCCAACUUCAUGCCCUACCAAAAGAAGUGGGAGGAUGGGAGCUGUUAUCACCUUCUGAGGCUUCACAGAUAAGUGGGACUCCCUGAUGCUCUUGGCAGAGUAAGUAGCUGUGAACUGUGCUGAUGUCAGGUUCUAGGAACUAGGAUGGGGAUGGUCUGCUCAAGACUUUAAGCUACUUCCUGCCAAAUCAAGAAGUGUCUGUCUUUGGGGAAAUGACUAGACAUAUCUUUUAUUAAAG